AUGGACCGUCACCAGCGCGUGGUCGCGCAAGUCGCGUCUAAAGUCAAGGACUACUUUACACGAAAAGAACCAUUCCGAAUCUCACACGGCUCAACAAAUAGUACGCGGCCAAACCUCAAGAAGCAUGUUGUUGACAUUAGUGCUCUGAAAAAUGUCAUUAAAGUCGAUACGCAAAGCAAGAGAGCGCUGGUGGAGCCCAAUGUCCCUAUGGAUCGACUCGUUGAAGCGACUUUGCCACAUGGUCUAGUACCGCCUGUUGUCAUGGAGUUCCCUGGUAUUACAGUAGGAGGGGGGUACGCAGGGACAGCAGGAGAGAGUAGUAGCUUCAAGUUUGGUUUUUUUGACCGGACAAUCAACGAAGUGGAAAUGGUAAUGGCCGAUGGCAGAGUAAUGAAGGCGAGCGAAAAGGAGAACGAAGAUCUGUUUCGGGGCGCUGCUGGUGCAGUCGGCACUCUCGGUGUCACCACUCUGAUAGAUCUGAAUCUUAUCGAGGCCAAAAAGUAUGUCAAGACCACAUACUAUCCUACGCGAAAUGUGGCACAGGCUAUCAAAGAGGUCAAGGACCAUACCGAAGGCGAAAAAGGUGCUAAAAAUGACUACGUGGAUGGUGUGCUGUUCAGUAAAGAUCACGGCGCUAUAGUCACUGGCGAAAUGACCGACGAACUUCCACCGAAUACUAAGCCGCAAACAUUUAGCAAUCCCUGGGACCCGUGGUUCUAUCUUCAUGUUGAAGCAGCAACGCGAAACACCAACGAGCCGGUUGUAGAAUACAUACCAUUAGCUGAGUACAUGUUUCGCUACGACCGCGGCGGAUUCUGGGUUGGACGAUCGGCCUUCAGCUAUAUGCGCUUCCCCUUCAACAAGUACACCCGAUGGUUUCUCGAUGACUUCUUGCACACGCGUAUGCUCUACCGAGCUUUGCACGCAUCCGGAAUUGCAACACGUUACAUUGUACAGGACAUGGCUCUACCAUACCCAAACGCAGAGAAGUUCAUCGAGUACACGGAUAAGACAUUCAAAAUCUGGCCAAUAUGGCUCUGCCCCCUCAAGCAAAGUCCCCAGCCGACCAUGCACCCACAUACAAAGGGCUCUUUCAAAUCAGACCAGAUGCUCAAUAUCGGAUUGUGGGGCUUUGGACCUAGCGACCCUGCGACCUACCUCCAGAAGAACCGAGAACUCGAGAAGACACUUGGGGAGAUGGGCGGUAUGAAAUGGUUGUACGCGCAAACAUACUAUAGCAGAGAGGAGUUCUGGGCCCAAUUCGACCACAAAUGGCAUCAAGGACUGAGAAAGAAAUACAAUGCUGAGAUGCUUCCACAAGUGUAUGACAAGGUGCAUGUAGAUGUUGAGAAGUAUACGGAGAUGGUCAACAAGGACUGGGGUCUUAAGCUGAGGGGUAUCUGGCCAUUGGGCGGACUUUGGGGCAUCUGGAAGUCGAUACAAAGUAAAGAUUACAUGAUAUCGAGGAACUCGACAUGGAGGUCCAGGCCCUAG